GGAACUGUUCGAUUUUCGCGGCCAUCAAAAAAAAUCAAUAUGAAAUCAAAAGAAAACGGCCUCGUGGAGGAUAAGUCGGACAUGGCUCUGGUCAACGUUUUAUCGCACCAGCAAAGACUGAUGAAAUACAGACUGCCCUGGUAUUACGCACCAUCAUUUCUGCUCCUUUGGGUCGCGCUCUUCUACGCGGUGGUGUAUCCCCUCUAUCAUCGACUUCCGGAUAGCGUCUUGAUAGCGGAUGAGUCCAAUAAGCCAGGCCAGUUUGUGGCGGAGAGGGCACAAAGACUGCUCUACAAAUACGACCGGAUUGGACCCAAGGUGGUGGGCAGUGUGGCAAAUGAGGUGACAACGGUGGCCUUUCUCACCGAGGAAGUGGAGAAUAUCAGGGCAGCGAUGCGCACUGAUCUUUACGAUCUGGAGUUGGAUAUUCAACAGCCGUCCGGGGCGUACAUGCACUGGCAGAUGGUCAACAUGUACCAGGGUGUCCAGAAUGUGGUUGUGAAAAUCAGCACCAGGAGCUCCAAUAGUUCGUCCUACCUCCUAGUCAACAGUCACUUCGAUUCCAAGCCCUCUAGUCCGGGUUCCGGCGAUGAUGGCACUAUGGUGGUGGUGAUGCUGGAGGUCCUUCGCCAAAUAGCGAUAUCAGAUACCCCAUUCGAACAUCCCAUUGUAUUUCUUUUCAACGGAGCCGAGGAAAACCCCUUGGAGGCCUCACAUGGAUUCAUUACCUCGCACAAAUGGGCGGGCAAUUGCAAGGCCCUUAUAAAUCUGGAAGUGGCCGGCAGCGGAGGUCGAGAUCUGUUGUUCCAGAGCGGUCCAAAUAAUCCCUGGCUCAUAAAGUACUACUAUCAAAAUGCAAAGCAUCCGUUUGCCACCACAAUGGCCGAGGAAAUCUUUCAGUCCGGCAUUUUACCAUCCGAUACAGAUUUUCGUAUCUUCCGGGACUACGGAGAGCUGCCAGGUCUUGAUAUGGCCCAAAUCAGCAAUGGUUAUGUCUACCACACAAUUUUUGAUAAUGUUCAGGCGGUGCCCAUUGAUUCCCUUCAAAGUUCGGGAGAAAACGCCUUAUCGUUGGUGCGUGCUUUUGCAAAUGCCAGUGAAAUGAACAAUCCGGAGGAUCACAGCGAAGGACACGCUGUCUUCUUUGACUAUCUAGGCUUAUUUUUUGUUUACUACACCGAAACCACUGGAAUUGUUCUAAACUGUUGCAUUGCCGUAAUUAGUUUGGUUCUCGUGGGUUGUUCCCUGUUGAGAAUGGCUCGUGAAUCGGAUGCCACUAUUGGUCAAACAUCCAUUUGGUUCUCCAUUAUUCUUGGACUUCAUUUCUUGGGAUUUGUCUGCAGUCUUGGCUUGCCUUUGCUAAUGGCUGUUCUUUUUGAUGCCGGAAAUCGUUCGAUGACAUAUUUUAGUAAUAACUGGUUGGUAAUUGGCCUCUUCAUCGUGCCAGCAAUCAUUGGACAGGUUCUGCCACUAACGCUUUAUUACACUUUGAAGCCGAAUGAGCACAUUAGCCAUCCCAAUCACAUACAUAUGAGUCUUCAUGCGCACUGUGUCCUGUUGUCUUUGGUUGCCAUUAUCCUUACUGCUAUAAGUCUGAGAACCCCUUACUUGUGUAUGAUGUCCUUGCUUUUUUAUGCGGGAGCCCUGCUGAUCAACUUGCUAAGUACUCUCCAUGAUCGUGGAUACUACUGGGUGUUGAUCGUGCAAGUCCUGCAACUAAUGCCGUUCCUGUAUUUUUGCUACCUUUUCUACACUUUCCUGAUGGUUUUCUUUCCUAUGUUAGGACGAUUUGGACAUGGCACAAAUCCAGAUCUCUUGAUUGCUUUGAUUUGCGCCGUGGGAUGUUUCUUUGCCUUGGGUUUUGUGGCUCCGCUGAUAAACAUGUUCCGAUGGCCGAAGUUGGCUUUGCUCGGCUUGGGAGUAGUCACCUUUAUAUUCAGCAUGAUUGCGGUUUCCGAUGUGGGUUUUCCAUAUCGCGCCCAAACCAGUGUGAUGAGAAUUCACUUCCUGCAUGUUCGUCGCAUCUUUUAUGAGUACGAUGGCUCGGUGAGUCUCAGCGACUCUGGCUACUACUUUGACUUCCAGGAUCGUCGGCUUUAUUAUCCGUUGGAGGAUACCUCGGUCAAUCUGACUGGGUUGGUUAGCACCGCAACCGACUGUGACCAGUACCUGAUGUGUGGUGUGCCCUGCUUCAACCAUCGUUGGUGCCAGACCCGCGCCAAGAGUCAUUGGUUGCCUCGGGAACAGGAGGUUACUAUUCCGGGCGCCUCAUCUCUAAAACUUCUCAGCAAAACCGUCUUGGAGUCCGGAAAAGUGGCACGGUUUGAAUUCGAGAUGUCUGGGCCGCCACACAUGAGUCUUUAUAUCCAACCCCUUGACGGCGUCGAGGUGGAGGACUGGUCCUUUAUUCGAAAUCAGCUGGAUGAGCCCGGAACUUAUUCAGCGCCCUAUCAAAUAUUCUUCGCCUACGGCAAUGAUAAUUCUCCUCUCAAGUUUCACAUUGACUUUGCGAAAUCCUCGGGAGAAUUUAGCACUCCAACUUUCCAGCUGGGAUUCGCUGCAAGUUUUGUGAGCUAUGACUACGAACGGGAUGCAGCUGGCUUGAAGUUCAUAUCCGAUUUUCCCGACUUUGCUCACGUUAUGGAAUGGCCAACGUUGUAUGAACGUUAUAUAUUUUAAGAGUCUCAAUGAUUUUGUUUGCACCAAACAACUUUUCUGUUAGCUAUUACGGUUGUAAAGUUAAGAUUAUGUUUUAAACGCACUGCUUUAAGUAAUGGAAAUUUUCGUAGUUUAUCAUAAUAAUGAGUUCACUGGCGUGUGUAGAUUGACCGAUAAGAUUUCAUGCAGAGAUUGGAACUGACCUGCAAGUGGAUUUUUAAUUAUAAAUCUAAAUCGUUGCUAUCACA